AGAGUAGAUUAUAAUACUAGCGUUGUCUGGAAAAGUGAUUUAAACUGCCUGUUCGUUAAACCGGACUUGAGUUUCGGGGAGAGUGACGCGUGUAGGGGAAGCAGGUGGCCCAGCACUCGGCCACGCCCAGGUAAUGCUGCCUUCCGGGCUUUGUGCCUUCGCGCACGCGUCGAGGCGCCAACUCGGCCACUAGGAGGCGCUCGGCCACUCGCAAGGUGUGGCCGCGGGGAUGGUGCGCCUAAAUAUGACGUCACUUUGCGCGGCGCGCAAAUCCUGUUGCCGGGCAGCAAUGGCAGCUCCUCUGGAGUCCUCGGUGGAGGACCCAUUGCGGAACUUUGUGCGAGUUUUGGAGAAGAGAGAUGGCACGGUGUUACGACUGCAGCAGUAUGGCACUGGCGGCGUGGGUUGCGUAGUUUGGGAUGCUGCCAUUGUCCUUUCUAAAUAUCUGGAAACGCCAGGGUUUUCCGGUGAUGGGGCCCAUGUGCUGAGCCAGCGGUCGGUGCUGGAGCUGGGCUCCGGCACCGGGGCUGUGGGACUAAUGGCUGCUACCCUCGGGGCAGAUGUUGUAGUCACCGAUCUUGAUGAAUUGCAAGACUUGCUGAAGAUGAAUAUUAAUAUGAACAAGCAUCUUGUCACUGGUUCUGUUCAAGCCAAGGUACUGAAAUGGGGGGAAGAAAUAGAAGACUUUCCUUCUCCGCCAGACUACAUACUGAUGGCCGACUGCAUAUACUACGAAGAGUCUUUGGAGCCGUUGUUGAAAACCCUAAGAGAUCUCUGUGGAUCUGAGACUUGUAUUAUAUGUUGUUAUGAACAACGUACAAUGGGAAAAAAUCCAGAAAUCGAGAAAAAAUAUUUUGAGCUCCUUCAACUAGACUUUGACUUUGAAAAAAUUCCUUUGGAAAAACAUGAUGAAGAAUAUCGAAGCGAAGAUAUUCAUAUUUUAUACAUCAGAAAGAAAAAAACGAAAUUUCCAUCGUGAAAUCUUUAGUCAUCUUACCCAAGCCUCUAACAACUUGGGUAAACUAAAGAUGUGAAUGGAGCACGUGAAUAUAUCAUGGGAAGAUUGUGUUCAAAGAUUUUUUCAGCAUGUCCUUACAGAUCUGAUACAUAGAUGACAACCAUUAUGGGCUGCCUGCAAUACGAGAAAUGACUGCCUGCCUGCCUGCCAGUGGGCCUGAAAUCCACCUUAGUUUACUUUUAGCUCAACAUCUCAUUCUGCUUUAACAAAAUGUUGUAUUUGUCACUCUUCAAAUAAAAAUAGGUAUUGAGGUUAGCCUAAAGUCUGCCAAAAAUAAUUCAAACCAGUAAACUUUAGUUUGUUCAAGAAAGGUAAAUUUAAAAGGUUUUCAUUUUAACAUAAUUAUGCAGUGGUUUUUAUCAUGUAACUUCAUUGGUUUUAAGAUAGCUUUAAUACUUACUGUUCUUUUAUGUUUAAAAAAAAAUGAAAAUGUUUUGUUACAUUGGCCAAAGAUUUAUUCUUUUCCUCCACCAUACAUCUCUAUGUGAGUUAGAUAGUAAAUUAUACUGUAGUGAGUUGGUAAGAAUGCAAAUUAAGAAAUCAGGAGAUUGGGAGUGGGGGAAAGCUAUGUUGACAAAAAUUUUCAUUGGAUAAUGAAGUGAGACUUAUAAGCCCAUUUUCAGGCUCGUGCACUUAUGUGGCUGAUGCACUUUUCCUUGUUUCUAUCUUCUAGGAAAAUGUGGCUGACAUCACUGGUGUUAACUUGUUUACAUGAAACAAAGGUUUUUAAAUAACUAUAAAUGUUCUUCCAUAUGCAUUUAGCAAAUGAUUUUAAUUCUGUGUAGUCUCUGUUUUAUGUUAUCAUGAUAAUCAUCUGCCCACAGACUGACCUGUCAAGAGCUUAAGUCUCACCAGUUCCAAAGAGUAAUGGUAACUGAUAGAAUUCCGGUACUUAUAAGCAUUGGUGCUAGGUGGCACAUUUUAUGUGUUAAAAUAAACAUUGUUUUUGAGA